AUGCUCUCCACAAAACGCUCCCAGUCCCACCACCCGGACAGCUUCUCCUCCAGAUACAGAGCCGGCAAGUCCAAAGCACGGUCCCGAGACCAAUCCGUCAUCACAUCACGACGUCUCCAUCGCCGACACACCCCGGACACCCCCCCUGAUGGAAGCAGUAGCAGCUCCCUAAACCAAGGUGUCAUAACCCUCACCAUUGGACCCACGAAACGCCUCUUCGCCGCCCACAAAGAUAUCCUCUGCGUAUCCCCCUUCUUCGCAGCCCUCUGCAAUCGCCCCAGUGACCCCUCCUCUGCCUCGUCCUCCUCCUCAUCAGCCUCCAAACCCAUCGACCUCCCCGACGAACAACCUGAAAUCUUCUCCUGUAUCCUCGAAUAUCUCUACCGUGGAGACUACUAUCCCCGUCUCCGCCACGAUAAAACCAACAACACAUGGGAUCUUGAAACAGCUACCGCCAACACCAACACCAACCCCAGGGACACAGACCCCGGGGCUACUCUCUUUGUGCCUGCCGCUGGGGCAGAAAUCUUACGAGACACGGCUGUUUACUGCGCCGCCCAAAAAUACUCCCUCGAGCUCCUCAAACGUCUCGCCUUGAAGAAACAAGGCCUCCACUCAAACAUCCCCUGUCAUACGAUCCUCACCAGUGCGCGCUACGCAUACGCCCAUACACCCGACAAUGAGUCCAAAUUGCGGGCGCAUUAUCUGGCGUUGAUUAUUCGGAGUCGGGGGACGUUUAAGCGGAGCGGGACCAUGCAGAUGGAGAUGGAACAGGGAGGGAAGUUGUUUUUUGAUCUCUUUGUUGCGAUGUGUAAUCAUAUGGAUGAUCUUGAGGAGGCUGCGAGGCCGGAUGAUACGUGUUAAGUUGGACCCUGCUGGUUUGGGCUGAUCUUUUAUUAUUUCUAUUACUUGUUGGCUUAUGAUUGGGAAUUUGGGUAGGGAUGGACCGUCAUCGAAAAUUAUCGUAGAUUGGGUUUAUGCGUGUAUGGGUAUCUAGUUGUUGCUUGAUGCGCCCUUGUAUCAUACACCCUCUCGAUUCAUGAAGAGACUUUGUAUUUUUGAAAUUCAUUCCUCCGUG